GUCGACAGACAUGUGGUCCGACAUCAGAACAUAAUUAAGCAAGUGACCAUUAGCCAAUCUGGGAUUUGACGAAAUACCAAGGCUUCGCGAAUGCAUGGAGAACAAUCCCCAUCUACUUGGGGCGGGUACGUUUGCAUGAAGGCUCAAUCUGGCAACCAAACUGGCACGGCCUUGUCCGAUGCUCUUGGAGCGAGCCAUCCGUCAUAUCAUCAUCCACUGCGGUCCAUCUUCGUUGUAGGGCAGGGGGAGGGGAUCUAUGGCCAUCAAAUCACGGCGCUGCAACGGCUAUCGGAUUCAGCAGCAUGUCCGCUUUCCCGGCCGCUGCCCCCGUCCAAGCCUGAUCCGUUGCCAUGUCCGAUACUGACUGUCAGAUGUGAUCUGCCCAGAGCCGCCGUCAAUGCCGGUUCUUUCCCUUUUGCUGCCCGUCUCGCGUCCAAUACCUUCAUCCCCUCCCCUUCUCCCCACAUAAUUUUCCUGCUCCAGUCCCUUGGCCCUCUUCUCUCCGCAAUGCCCCGCGCAAUGGAGGAAGGGGGCCAACGAGCGACCAAAGUCAGGAGAAGACAACGAAAUGCGCUAAUGUGUAGGCUCUUUGACAAGCGUUGGGGCAGCCACAGCGAAGAAAUCCCAUCCACUCGCGUGCUGCACAUGUCGAUGUGUUCGGCCCUCCUCCGGCUCAAUCCGGCCGACGAACCGCCCGUCGUCCGCAAUGCAACAAUCCCAAGAGCCCGCCCUCUUUUUUCCUUCUUUUUUCUUUUCUUUGCAUGGUAUUUCAUGAUUCACGCCGAGCCUGUGGGGCCUCGACGCGUGCCGUAGCAAAUCAUCGGAUGAGAUUCCUGACCAAAGUCUGGGUCGCCCUGAGGAUCCCUGAGUCCCCUCUGCAGACUGCAACCGAACAUUGGGAGACAAAACCAACCUCUCGCGAGACUGUGGGGUAAGACCUGGGUAACACGGCUCGAGGCGUUGCCGCAACCUCGUCCUGUCCAACGGCUCGUAAAAGCCCAAAGACGUGACAAAGGAGCCGUGACAGAAGCGUCUUGUUGCGGGUGCGGGAAGACACAAGAGUCAUUGGCCACCUCAUCAGUGCCCUCUGCUGAACCAAGGAACUUGCCUGUCUGCCGCCGUCACCUUUCCUCAGGGUACCAAUGGUGUUGACG